CCGGCCCGGCCCCGGCCCGGCUCUGCCCAGCCUCGGCCUCCGAGCGAAGGCGCCGCUGCCUCUGGGCCGCUCCCAGGGCCAUGAGGAGGCGGCGGCAGCCACUGCGGCCCGCGUCAAGGUGACCGGCCGGGACUGCGGCGGUGGCGAGAACAGCGGACUGACUCUCAGGCAGGUUAUGUCACCGGCAGAGGCUGCCCUGAAGCUCCCCGCGGCCUGGAGACUAUGUACAAGAAGAAUGGUCUGAUGGCUAGCGUGUCAGUCACCUCUGCCACUCCACAGGGCAGCAGCAGCUCAGACUCGCUGGAGGGCCAGAGCUGCGACUAUGCUAGCAAGAGCUACGACGCUGUCGUCUUUGAUGUCUUGAAAGUGACUCCCGAGGAGUUUGCCAGCCAGAUCACUCUCAUGGACAUCCCCGUGUUUAAAGCCAUCCAGCCGGAGGAACUAGCCAGCUGUGGAUGGAGUAAGAAGGAGAAACAUAGUCUUGCCCCCAACGUCGUGGCCUUUACCCGGAGGUUUAACCAGGUCAGUUUUUGGGUUGUACGAGAAAUUCUAACAGCACAGACUUUAAAAAUAAGGGCAGAAAUCCUGAGCCAUUUUGUGAAAAUAGCCAAGAAACUUCUAGAACUCAACAACCUUCAUUCUCUCAUGUCUGUGGUAUCAGCAUUACAAAGUGCUCCCAUCUUUCGGCUGACAAAAACUUGGGCUCUUUUGAAUAGAAAAGACAAGACCACCUUUGAGAAAUUAGACUACCUGAUGUCCAAGGAAGAUAAUUAUAAACGGACUCGGGAAUAUAUUCGAAGCCUGAAGAUGGUGCCCAGCAUUCCCUAUCUAGGGAUCUAUCUUCUGGAUUUAAUCUACAUUGAUUCUGCAUAUCCUGCCUCUGGGAGCAUCAUGGAAAAUGAACAAAGAUCCAAUCAGAUGAACAACAUCUUACGAAUAAUUGCUGACUUACAAGUUUCCUGCAGCUACGAUCACCUUACCACCCUGCCCCACGUGCAGAAGUACCUGAAGUCAGUUCGCUACAUUGAAGAGCUCCAGAAGUUUGUGGAAGAUGACAACUACAAACUGUCGCUCAGAAUUGAACCGGGAAGCAGCUCCCCAAGGCUGGUCUCCUCCAAGGAAGAUCUUGCAGGCCCCUCCGCAAGUUCCAGCUCAGCCAGGUUCCGCCGGAGGCCCACCUGUCCUGAUGCAUCUGUGGCUGGCAGCCUUCCCACACCACCAGUCCCCAGACACAGAAAGAGCCACAGCCUGGGCAACAAUAUGAUGUGUCAGUUGAGUGUAGUUGAAAGUAAAAGUGCGACAUUCCCAUCGGAGAAAGCCAGGCACCUUCUGGACGACAGUGUCCUAGAGUCCCGCAGCCCCCGCAGGGGCCUCACCCUCACCUCCUCCUCUGCUGUCACCAAUGGACUCUCCCUAGGCAGUAGUGAGAGCUCAGAAUUUAGUGAAGAGAUGUCUUCAGGGCUGGAAAGCAGGGGACGUCUGUAUGCCACGCUGGGCCCCAACUGGCGAGUUCCGGUUCGGAAUUCUCCCAGAACCCGGAGCUGUGUCUACAGCCCCACAGGCCCAUGCCCCUGUACCCUGGGGAGCUCGGCAGCCGUGCCCACCAUGGAGGGGCCUCUGAGAAGGAAAACGCUGCUCAAGGAAGGACGGAAGCCUGCGCUGGCCUCAUGGACCAGGUACUGGGUCAUACUGUCGGGUUCCACCCUCCUCUACUACGGAGCCAAAUCGUUGCGGGGCACAGACAGAAAACACUAUAAAUCCACACCUGGCAAGAAGGUCUCCAUCGUGGGCUGGAUGGUGCAGCUGCCUGAUGAUCCCGAGCACCCAGAUAUCUUCCAGCUAAAUAACCCUGACAAAGGCAAUGUUUACAAGUUUCAGACUGGUUCCCGAUUUCACGCGAUACUGUGGCACAAGCAUUUGGAUGAUGCAUGUAAAAGCAACAGGCCUCAGGUACCUGCCAACCUUAUGUCAUUUGAGUAAGUCUCUGCGGGACUUGGCGUGACUGCAAAGGCUUCAGGGAGCCUAGACUGGGCCUGGUGGAGAAGAGCUGCCCUGGGCAUGGGCUGUGGCCAGGACACUGGGAGCCUCCUAACAGGAUUCCAGGGACACGGCCUGUGGCCUCACAGUCCCAGAGGACUCUCCAGUAGGGGACCCAUCCGUCAAAAUCCCAAGCGACUGUCAUGAUUCAUCUUACAGCACCACCUCGCAGGGUGCUGUUGGACCCUGAACUGCACACCUGUGCCCCUCUCUGGGCCUCAUCUGUCCACCAGCCGCUUCUGCCAUAGACAGCAUUUGGCCCACGUUGGGUUCUCUGUGCUUCCUGCUGCACAUGGAGUGGACAGUGCAAACUGCAAGAGGGACCAGAGGGCGGGGACAGCUGCAGGAAGGUGUGUUACACCCCAAGUGCACGGGGCUGUCUGCCCACAGGGCUGCCUCAGAUUUUGUACACCCCUGAAGUGUCCCCUGCGUGUGCGUGCCAUACAUGUGUGCGUGCGAGUGUGAACUCUUUGAGAAACAUGCAUUUUGGCACUAGACCUGUGACAUCACACCCUUCAUUUGCUCUGAGGCCCUGCUUUCACCUUUGGUUCCAGCCUCAUCCAACGAGAAAGGUCAGAGGAGUGCGGGAGCCCCCAUGUUAAGGGUCCCUUGCGUUCUUUUACUGUAAACAAACAAUGCCUUAAAUUGUGUCUUGUUUUCUGUUCCUAUGGGUGCUAUUCAUCUGGAAGGCCUGUUCCCAGGGCCCCUUCUGGGCCCUUCUGGGCCGUGUUGCUGUCAACCCAUCAGAGGCAGGGUGGGGCUCGGGACUGGAGACCUGGCUGCUGGCCGGCAUGCUUCCUUCCAUGCCCUCUCCUGGCAGAGCCUGGGGCCCUCCUGUUCCACCUGCUCCCACUGUGCCCCUGUGGGAAGUUGCGGCAUUUGGUCCAGGUCCUUGGAAGCAGCAUGGAGGUUGCUGGGCUCACAGUGCCCAGUGCACAGAAGCCACGUGCUGCCAACCUCCCCGCCAGGCAGGCCCUUGCUCCCAUUCCACCCCUUUGCCUCCACUGCCAAGGGGGGCCUACCAGGAUUCCUCAUCACGCCAGGAGCUGAGUGACACUGAGGCCUUAAGCUCCCCCAGUCUUGCCCCAAAUGCAGUCACCAGCAAGUUCUCCAUCAUCCAAGUCCAAGGGCACAAUUGACAGCCAUGUGAUGAGAGAGAGUAAAGGGUUCAAUCUUUACAUUUGGUUAAGAGCUGUUUCCACAAACAACAGCAUUUAUCUGUCACCUUUGUGUCAUAGCUUAAAGUGACUUAUUUUGCACAAAUACAUUUUUAUUCAAAAUGAUUGCUUCCCUCCCCCACCUUCUUUUUGAGACAAGGUCUUGCUUUAUAGCCACGACUAGCCUCAAACUCUCAAUCAUCCUGCUUCUGCUACCUGAAUUUUGGGAUUACAGGUAUGUACUACCAUGCCCGGCUAAAAUGAUUAUCCUUUAUUAUCAUAGCAUCUCUCUAUUCCCCUCUCUUUCCUUUAUUUUGGAUAUGCAUAACAUGAGAAGGAAAUCCAUAAACAAUUUUCUGAAAGGGACAGAAUGUCUGGGUCCUUGUUGGUACUGUGGUUUCAAAGCCCACUCUGACCAGGCAUCAAACUACCCUCAAGACUUUUGUGGCAAAAGCUUCAAUUUAAAAGCUACCCAAGGAUCCAACAUGGUUUUUUGAUCCAGUGGUGACACUUCUCUGAAAAUGUGAAUGAACUGGUCAGCCAAGUAGUUGUUACUGGGGUGGUACUGUGUGGUUGAACCUUAUUGCAUGUGGAAGCUAUGCUCCUUUGGAGCAAAGAUCAUAUUGUUUGAUGCCAAAAGGAACUGCAGAUGGUUUCAUGGAUGGCAUCAGACCUUGACCACAGCUGCCUUGUACACUGCCCCUACCAGGGGUCCAGAUAUGUGCACCAGAUUCUACCAACAACUCUUCAAAUUGGCAUCUAGAGGCUGAGUGACAACACCAAACACUACAGACACCUCUGACCAGAACCUGCCACGGUGUCAACUAAGCAAUGUGGAUCAGAUCCUGUGUGCUCACUUCUAAAAUGUCAAAGCUUGGAUGAAAGUACAAGACUGGAGCAUUGGCUGAUUAUUUCCUGGGCUUCUCCACUCUUCAAACUCUCCUGGUUUUUCACUGAUGAAAUAUAGUCACCAAACCCACAGCCCCAGAAUUUCACACCCCACUAGAUCAUUUUAUUUUCUGCCCUUAGCAGAUUUUUCUUAUCCUUCACCGUCUUUUAUUCUCAGCCUAAUUUUGAAAUAAAGAGCACAAUCACAAUUCUUUUCAAAGUGUUUAGUCUCCUCACUAAUCAAGACUGAUCCACAGCCCUUCCCAGAAACAUUCUUACCUUGGGACUCUUAAAGAAAUGGCUUGGACUCUGUUGAUGAAAACAAAAACACCUGUAGGACUAGAGAGCCUGGAACACACCAGAAAAGUCCUGGAGACUGAACUGAAAGAUACUGUACUGUCUAGGCAGGGACUCAGGCCAAGCAUGUGAGUUCAGUGCCAUGCAUUUCCCUAGUGUGGGCUUGGCACCUAGCUGCAGGUGGGGAGGCCUGUGAACCUGGGACAGGGAACCAGGCACAAACCAAGAGGAGGAAAGUCCUGGGGUGGAUUCUCACCCCGGAGAGAACCUGCAUUGCUGUUUCCCUCCUUGACUGUCCGUACUGCACAAAUAUCUGUGAAACAAUCAAAAGUGUUAUGUCUUGCAUGCAUAGACUAUAAUUUUCUUUAAGCAAACAGAUUGUGGAACUCCAUCAUGACAGUUGUAGGAUGCUGGCUACAAAUGGGUAGGUAGCUGGUAGCAUUGUUAUGACCCCAAAGUAGACCACUCAACCUUCCUCGCCCUGGAAGGAGUCAUUAUCAUCCCUCUUAGUUGGACAUGUUUUGUCACUCAAGGUCUGCCAAGCUCAUCCCGGCAACUGAAAUACUUUGUGAAGGAUGGGUUUGGUGGGGGCAUUAGAACGGCUGUUUUGCACAUGCCCAGUGAGAAAGUACAGAGAGGCCAGCUCCCUCCCCAUCCCACACCAUCCCACAUCCUGUCAGAUUGAGGUGCUAAGGAGGUGGACACUUGGAGAGGUUGUUUGCCAACUGAUUUCUAACUUGUUUCUCUUUCUUACAAACAUGGCCAAUAUUUCUUUCCUCAUCUGAUUUCCACCUCUCAAACCCAAGAAAGGUGUAUCUUUAAGGAUGCGAUUUUUUCAAAUGAAAAGCUGUCCAUGAACAUAGGAAAUACUUUGCAAGCCAAGCCUGGUUGCUGAUGUUUGGAACCACCAGCUGCCAAAAAUAAAUAAAUAAAUAGCCUCCCAACUUUUGUGUGACCCUCUGAGUUUAAUCAGCCUGCCUUCCACCAAUUGUUGAUAUAUCAGGUGAUAUAUCAACAAUACAAGAGUCCCUUUGAAAUAACAGUUUCCACCCAUCCAUUCCUUUCUUCCUUUGUGACAGUCUCUGCCCAGGAUAUAUAUGACAGGAAAUAAGAUCCAAUCUGUGCUCAUGGAGCAGACCACUGAGGAACAUAAUCCCAAAUGCACACACCUCCUUGGGCAGUACCCUGCCUCUCCCAUCGACCUAGGUUCAAAUUCUAUACACAGGUUCUUCUGGAAAGGCUGAAGAGACACAGUCUUGCUCUGUGUCUUCCAUCACAGGGAGUUGGGGGGGGGGCUCCUUGGAGCCAUUGAGCUAGAGGCCGGGUGGCUCAGAGCCAGGGGAGAAUAGAGAGGACUCCUACAGAAGAAUGAGAGAGAAGGAUUCGAGUGUUCACAGUAUUCCCUCCAUAGGCUUUUGUCUGCAAUGCUAAAUUCAAAUACAGUAUGAAUGACAGCUACGUUUUCUUGGGUGUUGAGAAUUUAUAAGUUGGAUGUCAGUCCACUCAUAUGCGUGUAUUCCUGUGGCAGCCCCAAAUCCCUACUCAGAGCAGCAAUGUGGUCUGUUCAUUUUGUAACCAUUAAUCUCUCUCCAUGUCUGAAUGACUGUGACCAUUCAGUAAUGAGAUAAUAGUAAUUAAUUUAUUAGUAUGGUAUAAUCUUUAAUAAAUUUUGUGCCAAAAUGCAUGGUUUUUCACUUAGCAUUUAAAAUGUUGCGUAGAGAGUAGUUUUUCAAUUUCUUAUGUAUUCUUCCAAGUAAGUUGAAAAUCGAUUUCUACAUUUUAGUUUGUUUCUUGUUAAAUCUGUUGCAUUCUCCCGGGAUGUCUUUUUUUUUUUUUUUAGUUCCAGCAGAUCCCUGCAUGCAGUUGUGAAAGGACUUUCUCUAAUAACUUGUGAAUUGUCUCAUCCGCAAUAACCACUGGACAUCAGCCCUCUGUGGGAUUCUUUAGAUUUUGGUGAAGUAUUUUGUUACCUCAGUCUUGUAUCAAGUUGCUGUAUUUUUCAGCUUGUUACAUUGAUAAUUGUUUCACUAAUUAAAUACUUUAAUGUACAGGCAUCUUUGUUUACUUUGAAAUUAAAUGUGUUUUCCAAUGA